CUACUAUUAAUAAUAAUAAAGAAAAGAAUGACCAAAUAUAUUGUUGUUUCUGGUGGUGUUAUCUCUGGUAUUGGUAAAGGCGUUAUUGCCUCCAGUACUGGCACUCUCUUGAAGACUUUGGGUCUUCGUGUUACCGCUAUCAAAAUUGAUCCCUAUCUUAACAUUGAUGCUGGUUUGAUGAGUCCUUUGGACCAUGGUGAGUUAAAAUGAAGCUAGAAAACAAGGGACUUAUCCGAUGAUAGGUGAGGUUUUUGUAUUGAACGAUGGUGGUGAAGUUGACUUGGACUUGGGUAACUAUGAGCGUUUCCUCGACGUUGAAUUAAGCCGUAUCAACAACAUCACAACCGGUAAAAUCUACAGAGAAGUCAUUGAAAAGGAACGUAAGGGUGAUUAUCUCGGUAAAACUGUUCAGGUUGUUCCCCAUGUCACAGAUGCUAUUCAAAGCUGGGUUGAACGUGUUGCUGAUAUUCCUGU